CAUAAUACCACUCAAUUAGUGCUCACAAGGUAUCAUUACACCACCCCUUUCCCGUUUCUCAUUCCGCCACUCACCGUGACACACUGCGCAUUUCACCCUCUUCCCAUCACUCUCUGCUGCAUCACUUCAGCUCCAACCAUGGAAACCAUCACCAAGCACCAACAACAACAACAACAACAACAGAAGAAGCGAAAAUGGUUCCUCCCCUUAAUCUUCUCCCUUCUACUCUCCACCAUCCUCAUCCUCCUUUCAAUCUUCGUCUCCUCCGAUUCCUCCUCCCUGCUCUACCUCUACCGCUCACGCGCCACCCCAGACCAACCGCACUUCGUCGAGUCCAAGCUGAAACCCUCCACCACUUCACCCAUCAACUCUGUUCCCAGGAUCGCCUACUUGAUCUCCGGUUCAAUGGGUGAUGGGGAAACUCUCAAGAGGACGCUUAAGGCCCUUUACCAUCCCAGAAACCAGUACGCUGUGCAUUUGGACCUGGAGGCUCCUCCUCUUGAGAGAUUGGACCUUGCUAACUUUGUCAAGAACGAGCCUCUGUUUGCUCAACUGGGUAAUGUUCGGAUGAUCGUGAAAGCUAACUUGGUUACCUAUAGAGGACCUACCAUGGUCACCAAUACCCUUCACGCUGCUGCUGUUUUGUUCAAGGAAGGUGGAAACUGGGACUGGUUCAUCAAUCUCAGCGCUUCUGAUUAUCCAUUGGUUACACAAGAUGAUCUGCUGCAUACGUUAUCAUCUGUUCCGCGGCACCUUAACUUCAUUGAGCACACCAGUGAUAUUGGAUGGAAGGAAGAUCAGAGAGCCAAGCCUGUUAUAAUUGAUCCGGCACUUUAUAGCAUCAAUAAAUCUGAUGUGUUUUGGGUGACAGAGAAAAGAAGUGUUCCCUCAGCAUAUAAACUGUUCACAGGUUCUGCGUGGAUGAUGCUCUCUCGCCAAUUUGUUGAAUAUAUGUUAUGGGGAUGGGAUAACUUGCCGAGAGUAGUCUUGAUGUAUUAUGCCAACUUCCUAUCUUCCCCUGAAGGGUAUUUUCACACAGUCAUCUGCAAUGCCGAGGAGUUUCGUAACACUACUGUGAACCAUGACCUCCACUUCAUAUCAUGGGACAACCCUCCAAAGCAACACCCACACUAUCUCACAAUGGAUAACUAUCAGGGAAUGCUGGACAGCAAUGCUCCUUUUGCUCGGAAGUUCGGCAGGAAUGAACCCCUCUUGGAUAAGAUUGACAGUGAAAUCCUGGGACGAAAUGAUCAUGGUUACGUACCUGGCAAAUGGUUCACUCAAGCAAAUCCAAACAUCACCAAAUCGUAUUCUUUUGUAAGGAACAUCACGGAACUCAGUCCCGGCCCUGGAGCAGAAAGGCUUAAACGGCUUAUCAAUGGCUUAUUAUCAGCUGAAAAUUUUAAGAACAACCAGUGUGCUUGAAACUCAGGUUCCCAAAACCUGCUAUGCUCGUUGCUGUUUUUCCAUCAGCUAACAGUUACAACAGGCAAACAGUUGUUAUGUCCUCCAGUUGACACUGAGGUUGGUUGCUUUGAGACCAAUCAUGAUAUAACAGAUUAUACAACAUAAAGGAUAGCUUCUUCGGAGAUACGCGCUGCCCUCGAUUUAUAUUUUUACACUAAUUUUAACAUGACCCCGAAUUUUGAGUCCAUAUGUAUCACUUGUUAUUUCACAUGAUUCAUUAAAAUUUUACUGGAUGGCUGUGUCAAGUCAUCAAUGUUGUUCUUGUACUCUUUGGACUGUCUUUAUAGCAAAUAAUCUUCAGUUAUGUAAUACAGGGACAGGAUACCUGUUAGGUUGGAAGUGCCACAAACCAGUGAAAAAUACUCACCAAAACAUCUUAUGCAAGUAGCUGGAGUAUACCCCUCUUUUCCUUCUUUUUCAGGUAAUAUACUUCAUAAAUUCGAGAUUUGAAGGCCAACUUCUAUAUGAAUUUUUUUCCUUUGAUGUAGACUCUUGCCAAUAGGUAAAGGAAUUACAUUAUACUAGCAUGUAAGGAGGCCAUUUCCUACUGAGCAAUCAAAUGUAGUUCACCAAAAGGGUCUCACAAGUAUCUCAUAUUUUUAUCUCUCAUGACCUAAGUUUAUGUAUAUUAGAUCAUAGAUUUCCAAUCAGUAGCUUGAUCACAAUCUUUACAUGAACACAGACAUCCCGGGGGCUAUGAAUCUAGCUUUUCUACUUGUAAAUUAACCUCUCUUCUUCAUUAAACUACAUUAACGUUGAAUUGAAGCUCUUAAUUCAUAAAUCUUA